GUCUUCUCUCAUUUCUGUCAGGAUAGAGGAAUGCUGGACAUCCAGAGACAAGGGAGGCUGCAGUUCGCUGCUCCCCAGUCCCACACCUUGGGCCUCCCUUUGGAACACACAGAUGUCAGAAACUGAGCUGGAAAAGAUAAAAGUAAGAACAGCUGAGCAUUUUGAAAAUGAUAAAAAUAACAUUUCUUGGUUGAAAGAAGAUACACAACUCACAAAUGAAAAGCUUGCAGAUGAGAAACCCAUUAAUGCUAUCGUUAUAAAUUCAGUAUCUGAAUUCAAUAUCACAGAUGGACCAGCCAAGGAAAACCCCAAUGAGAAAAAACUGUCAGAAUCCAGCACAUCACUGUCCUCCCUUGAAGAAUGCCAAACGAAUUUUUCCUACCUCCAAACUGAUACUUCAGUUCAUCACAGAGACACUGAUGAGGAGUGUGCCUCCUUUAUCCUCGCCUGUCUGUUUUGCCAGUUUUGGGACUGUCUCCUGAUGCUCCCUGGCACAUGCGAAAUGGUGUGUACCAAGGUGUGUUGCCCCUCUCACCGGUAUCACCACACCUCGGAUGAAAACCACUCUCGGAACGAUUGCAACUGCAACUGUGACAUGGACUGCAGCCUUUUGGAGUCUUGCCACGAGACCAGCGAGUGUCUGGAACUGGCCAUGGAGAUUUCAGAAAUCUGUUACCGCUAGCGCGGUGAAGUAACCACGUUCCGGCAGUCCUUUUGGCCACGGUGGUAAAUUCCAUUACAGCAAGACUGAUUUUCACAUGCUGAAAUGUAAGGACUGUACAGAUUUGGAUGCUAUAGGCCAUGUUAUUCUGCACCUGUGCAGGAAAGCUAGUAUUGUCAACUUAAUGGUCUUAUUCCAAAUUUCACAACCGCACGGCUCACUGAAAAAUAAGAUUCUUGAUCACGUGUGAUGAACAAAUCUCAAAUACCUCUUAAAUCCCAUAGGUACAAGAUGUUUCUUGACUAUAAAAUAGCAUGUUAAGUCACUGUGUUAUGGCACUCAUCAGCUUGCAUCAUGGAUUCAACUUCAUUCACAAAUUCAGGACAAAUCAGUGCAUUCUUUUAGAAUUGAUAUAUACA